AUGGCUGACUUUGCCAUCCAAAGCCAUGGCUAUGUGGGUCCUGUCGGUACCUGCUGCAGCCUCUCUGUCGAGCUGGGAACUCAUCGCGCGCACGUGCUGCUUGUGGCUGUAGGUGCUGAUCUUCACGCGCUAUCGUCCCCUGCAGGCGCGAGUGCCGCUUCGCACUUCGUUGACAGCGCCUCCGAGCUGCGCUUCCUGCUGGGCACCUGCCAUGUGCACGGCCUCUGCCCAAAGGAGCUUGGACCGCCGGGUCCUCGCUGUGUGGUGGCCUUCGGGCCACACGCGUUGCGGCUCUUCGAGGUGACACAAAGCCCCCAGGAUGGCGUGGCGAUGAAGGCUUGCGGCGACGUGGUGCGCUUGCCAGACUGGCCUUUGGAUGUGGCCUGGCUACCCAAGCAGUUUUUGGGAGACUUGGUGGUGGCCUACGGCCGCGUCUUCCUGGAGAUCUGGCGGCUGGGGGACGAGGGACCGAGACGACAGAGGAGAUUGGCCGGCCCUGCCGAGGUUUCCUUCCUCUACUCGGCUUCACUGCAGCUGCUGCCCAUCGCCACGGACUCCGGCAUGCGAUGCGCCGGGGGAACCUUCGACGGCUUUGCAGUGCUGUGGACGGUGCCACAUUCGGCCUGCACCGAGCUUGCGCACGUGCAGCUGUCUGGGCACGAGGGCGCCAUCUUCAGGACGCGGCUCUUCCUGGAUGCGACGGCCCUUCUUACGGCCUCGGACGACCGAACUGUGCGACUCUGGGUGGAGGAGGGGUCGCCCCUCCUGCGUGGAGCUGUCGGGAGCCUGCGGACGAAGGUUCCCAGCCAGCCUUCGCCCGGCUGGCGCUGCGUGGCGAUCUGCCGAGGCCAUGGCUGCCGGGUCUGGGACGCCGUGCUGGCGCCCAUAGGGGGGCCAAGUUUGGGCAUCGUGUCAGCUUCUGAGGACUCCAUCGUGCGAGUCUUCUCCUUGGAAGGGGUGUUGCUAAGAGAGCUUCAGGGGCACCAGACGCGCGGUGUCCGGUGCUUGGAGGUCGUGGUGGAGCCCAUGGCCUGGGCUUCCACCGCCUUUGCCCAGGCUGACCUGGCCGUCAUCUCCGGCGGCGAGGAUGGGGCGGUGAAGCUGUGGCCCCUCUGUGACCUCGGCAUCCCGGAAGGUGAUGGCUCUUCGAAAGCUGGGUACCCCGCCAAGCACGCUUGCAGCAAGUUGUGGCAUGUACCGCAGGCAGAGGACUGGAUUCGGGAAGUGGCGCUGCUUUCCCACAGCGAGGCCCUGGUGGCCACCAAUUUUGGCAAGAUCUACCGCUUGCUGCUGUGUGCAGAGGAUGCUAAGGAUGCUGGCGAGCAGGUGCCAGCCCGUCUGCUCUUUGACGAGCCCGGCGUCUGUUUCACUUGCAUGGGCGUGGGUACUUCCACGCAUGUGUGGACAGGCUGCGCGGAUGGCCGCGCCCUGUUCCUCUGCAUUGAAACAGAUGCGGGCAGCAAAUGGGUCGAAGCCUUCCGGCAGUACCGCGUCAGUGCUGCGUUUGGUGGGGGUGAAGGGCAGGGGCUUCUAGCAGAUCACGCCGGCCACGUGCAGCUCUGGAGGGGCGCUGGCUCGGAGUCGCCCUCGCGGCUUGGAGAAGUGAAGCUGGCAGCUCCCAGGAGGGGUGACAAGGACCAGCGCCAGCGCCUGCUGUGUGCUGAGUUCCUCCCUCUCGACGGCGGCGGCCCUUCCUGGCUUGUGGGAGAUGAGCACGGCAUCCUCCAUCUCGUCAACUUGCCUGGGCCAUGUCUCUCCCAUCGAGGCCAUGAAGGGAAAGUGCUCUGCCUGAGGCGCCUUCCAGUGAGCAGGGAGUUCCUUUCCGCAGGGUCUGACGGUACGGUGGUGCACCAUCGCCUGGACCAGGAGGGCUGGACACAGCUCGCAACGCACCGGCUGGGAUGUGGCUUAAGGCACUUGGCCCACCUUUCGCUUCUGUCCCCCGAUUUCUCCGGCCCUGGCAUCCCUCCACUGCUUGUGGGUGCAUUUCAGAGCGCAGACUUCGUGCUCUGGAACGCAGGGGCCGGGCUGGAGAUCUGGCGCAGGCGCUGUGGCGGCGCCAAGCGGCCAAAUGGCCUCAUAGCGGACGAAGCCGCGCACACCUUCGUCUUCUCAUCGGCGUCCAAGACCCUGGAGAUCCAUUCGACCUACGCUUCGCCUGCUGUCUCGGGCUCUUCAGAUGCGCACGAACCCGGAGUCGUGGCCCCAAAAGGGCUGCGGCAGCCCCUGCAUGGACGCGAGAUUCACAGCACUUGCUGGCUGCGCCCGCCAUCUGAGGGACGACCUGGUCUGCUGGCGACGGCCUCCGAAGACACCAGCCUUCGACUGCUGAGCGCCGGCCGCGACGUGGCGCCGACCCCCGAGUCGGCCUCCGUGCGCUUCCCGGGCGCGGUGCGGGCGCUGGCGGCUGCCAAAGUCGUGGUGGCGGGACAGGAGAGCUGCCUGCUGCUGUCUGGAGGUGCCAAAGGUGUCCUCCAGGCCCACAUGGUGGAGGGUGCCGCGUCCCUCCGCCGCGUCUGGUCCACGUCGCUGGCGGAGGAUGCAGCGGCUGCAGAUCAUGUGGCCGAGGAGGAGGACGGAGGGGCGCGCCUUGAGGAGCGGGUGAUGGCCAUCGGCUGCGUGACCCUGGAGGCCUCUCUUCUGGUCUGCGCCGCCGCUUCCAGCGGCUUGCUCCGUUCCUGGCGCUUGCGGUUUGGCCCUGCCGGGUCAAUCGAGGGAGACUUCCUGCAGCGGCAGCGUGCUGCCGACACCACCGCCUUGUGUGCGGAGUGCUUCCUGGAGCAAGGCUUUGCCGGGGUCCUUGUGGGCAGCGCCGACGGCAAGCUGGCAGCGGCGGGCCUGGCCGAGUCCGAGCCACUGCUGCGGACGCAACUUCAUGACGCCGGGCUGAAUCACCUGGCGCUCCGCGUGCUUCGCUCCGAUGUGGAGUUGGUGCAGCUCUUGCUCCUCACUGCCGGCGACGACCAUCGGGUUGCCCUCUGUCGCCUGGACUUCGCCAUCUCGCGAGCGCCCUCGCCCGGCGCGCCCAGGGCGGUUUCAUGCGCACUGGCCAUGAGCCGACGGGUGGACUGCGCACACACGUCUGCGGCGCGCGCCGUGGGCUGGGCGGGGCCCUGGGCAUUGAGCCUGGGCUUGGAUCGGCGCCUGCGUGUCUGGGAGGCUCUUGAGGACAGCUGCGCGUUGACGGAAAGAGCAGCCCAGGUCGUGAGCUGCAGCGAGCCGGAAGCCCUGGCUGUGACUGCCGGUGGACUGCUGGCUCUGGCUGGCCGAGGUGUGGAGGUCUCCUCGAUCUUGGUGGAUGGGCUGCGUCCAGAUUGA